AUGGCUCCAACCGUUUUGAUGGUAGCUGAAAAGCCUAUGUUAGCAGAUUCAAUUGCACAUCUGCUGUCCAAUGGUCAAGCUAGAAAACGAAAAGGCUGGAAUGGCGUUUGCUCAGUGAGUGAAUACGAUGGUCAAUUUAAUGGUAAAAAUGCGAAAUUUAAAGUAACGAGUACAUGCGGACAUGUAAUGUCCCUUGAUUUUCCUGCUAAAUUCAACAACUGGGAACGAGUUGAUCCAGCUGAAUUGUACAGUGCUCCAGCGGUCAAAAUCGAAGCGAAUCCAAAAAUGAAAAUGAAUGAGUUUCUUGCUUCUGAAGCUAAGAAUGCAGAUUACUUGGUACUUUGGCUUGAUUGCGAUAAAGAAGGAGAGAACAUUUGUUUUGAAGUUGUCGAUGCUGUAAAAUCUGCAAUGUUCAAGAAUCGGCCGGAUUACAUGUCAGAUGUAUAUCGUGCACAUUUCUCUGCUAUCACUGAAAAAGAUAUCAAAGCGGCGAUGAAAAAUUUGGGUCGUCCUGAUCAAAACAUGGCAUUAUCAGUCGAUGCAAGACAAGAAUUAGAUCUUCGCAUUGGAUGUUCGUUCACAAGAUUUCAGACGAAGUUUUUCCAGGGAAAAUACGGAGACUUGGAUAGUAACGUGAUCUCAUACGGGCCAUGCCAAACACCAACAUUGGGAUUCUGUGUUACUAGGCACGAUCAGAUUGUACAGUUCAAACCAGAAGCGUACUGGGUUUUGAAGACCACUUUUUCAUGUGAUUCUCAGACGUUUUCUCCUGAAUGGCAACGUGGAAGGAUUUUCGAUGCUGAAAUUGCUCGGCUUUUCGUUGACAGAAUCAAAAAGUCUCAUUCUGGAGUGGUAGUUGAUGUGAGCAAAAAAGAAGCGAGAAAAGAACGGCCAUGUGCUUUGAAUACAGUUGAACUGAUGAGAGUCGCCAGUAGUUCCCUUGGUUUGAGUCCUUCAACAACAAUGCAUGUCGCUGAAUCACUGUAUACGCAAGGAUACAUUUCAUAUCCAAGAACGGAAACAACUGCAUAUCCAGCAAAUUUCGAUUUGAAUGGAACUCUCAAAAUUCUAUCAGGAGAUCGGAAAUGGGGAUCAGUUGUUUCACAAGUUUUAGCCGAAGGAAUCAAACGGCCGAAGAGUGGAGUUGAUAAAGGAGAUCACCCUCCAAUCACUCCAAUGAGAGCAAAUACUGGAAAUUUAUCCGGCGACAUGGCAAGAAUUUACGAAUACGUUUCUCAACAUUUCGUGGCAACUUUAAUGAAACAAUGUGUCUAUGAAGUGACAACAGUGAAAAUGGAAUGUGGAGAAGAACAGUUUACAAUUCAAGGAAAGAAUGUUAUCGAUCCAGGGUUCACGGCAGUUAUGCCUUGGUUGAGUGUAGAAGAGGAAUGCAGUGUUCCAAAGAGCUUGCAGCAAAUCGGAGCGAGAAUUGAACUACAAGAUGCUCAAAUUCAAGCUCGUGAAACGACUCCUCCUGGUUAUUUAACCGAAUCAGAGUUGAUUACUUUGAUGGAAAAACAUGGAAUCGGUACUGACGCUUCAAUUCCAGUUCACAUAAACACUAUCACUCAGCGAAACUACGUGACGGUAGAAAGUGGGCGGAGACUUGUUCCAACUCGUUUAGGGCAAUGUCUUGUCAGAGGAUAUUGGAAAGUUGAUCCAGAAUUAGUUUUGCCCACAAUGAGAUCAGAAUUAGAAGAACAAUUGAACUUGGUUGCUAGUGGAAAAGCAGAUUAUCAUGAUGUCAAAAAUCACGCUCUCAAAAUGUUCGAAAUGAAGUUUCAAUUCUUUGUAAACAAUAUUCCCGCUGUUGACACUUUGUUUGAGGCGUCAUUCACUACUCUUUCAGAUACGGGAAAACCAUUUUCUCGAUGUGGAAAGUGUCGACGAUACAUGAAAUUAGUGCAAACGAAACCGCAGAGACUUUUCUGCCCUACUUGUCAAGAGACUUAUUCAGUUCCGAAUUUCAAAGAUGGAGUACUUAAAGUAAUCGGUGAUCAUAAAUGUCCUCUCGAUGACUUUGACAUAAUUUUAUGGCAGGGUGCCGGUGGGAAACUGGCUCGUUCAUUCACUCUCUGUCCAUUCUGUUUCAACAAUCCCCCGUUCGAGAAAAUGCCACAAGGAUCAGGUUGCGACAAUUGCGUGCAUCCAUCAUGUCAAUAUUCAAUCAGCUCGAAUGGAGUAUGUGCAUGCCUCCAAGAUUGUGGUGGUGUUAUGCUUCUAGAUACUCAAUCUCAUCCAAAAUGGCGAAUGACAUGCAACAAAUGCCCAUCUGUUGUUGGAUUGUUCGAUGGAGCAUUAAAAGUGAAAGUGGACCGAAACAAUAGUUGUGAAGAAUGUGGAUCCCAGUUCAUAAAAGCAGAGUUCAAGCCGAACUCUGGGAAACCUGGUGCUAUCGAAUACGAAUCAAGCAGCUACGAAGUUUGCAUAUUCUGCGAUGCAAUGAAAAAAUAUCCAGAUGCGAUCAAUAUGAAUCACGCUUAUCUGACAGAAGAAUCGCGUCUGAAAAACACGCAACCUUCGAGACGUGGAGGUAGAGGAAGAGGUGGAUCGAGAGGAGGUGGUAGAGGUCGUGGAGGAAAAGGCAGAGGGCGGGGUCGAUGA